UACAACAUGGCCGCGUUCUGAGUUUCUGUUUCGCAUCGGGCUCUAAACGAACAGUCCCCAAGUUGUUUCGUGUCCCUAAGUUGACGACGCUUCUUGUGUCUUUUGGACCUGGAGCUGGCAGAGUCAUGGCUGAUGUGAGCAGCAGCCCCAAGAAUGCUGAGUUCCAAGGGGAGACUCCUCCGCCGCUCCCCAAAGAAGCCACAGAGGAAGAAACUCCUGAUAGCAACUCAGACCCCAGCCUCUUCCGCUACGUCAAAGGAGACCUGUUUACCUCUGAGAUCUACAAAGUAGAGAUAAGGAACCUCCCCAAGUUUGUCGGUUUCAAUGACUUAAAGAAGUUCCUGUCCAAACACGGCCUCAACCCGCACAAGAUCAAGCUGUUCGGCCGACAGACGUUUGCCUUCGUCACCUUUAAGAAUGAGGAGGAGCGAGACAAGGCCAUGAAGAUGGUGCACGGGAUGCAGUGGAAAGGUCAAGUGCUGACCGUCAGAUUGGCCAAGCCCAAAGCAGACCCCAUCCUGCAGAAGAGAAAGCAGCAGCAGCAGCAGGAGGAGGAGGGGGGAGAUGGAGAAGGCCGUCCACCUGCCACCAAACGCAAAGAAGCCGGAGAAGAGGAGCCGCUGAGUGUCCAGAUCGCGAACGUGGUGACGCCUCUGUGGAAGGUGCCGUAUGAGGAGCAGCUGAGGAGGAAGGAGCAGGAGGUGGUUGCGGUUCUACAGCGUCUGGCUAAAGAGAUCGGCAACACCAACAAAGGCAUGCUGCCGUGGCUCUUCGCCCAGAAAGAAAAGUACAACAAAAUGUGUUGUCCUCUGGAAGCCAUCUGUCCGUCUCCCACACAGACGGAGUACAGGAACAAGUGCGAGUUCCUCAUCUCAAUGGGAGCAGACGGUCAAGACAAGACGGUGGGCUUCCGUCUCGGCAAAUACAAAGGAGGCUCCUGCGCUGUGGUGGGUCCUGCGGACACCUGCCACGUCUCUGCUGAGGCCAAGAAGGUGGUCAGCCAGUUCCAGGAGUUCAUUAGGGCAACACCAUAUUCCGUCUACAGUCCGGAGACCUAUGAGGGACACUGGAAGCAGCUGACCGUUCGGACCACCAGGACCAAACAAGCCAUGGCGAUGGCUUUCUUCAACCCUCAGAAACUGGAGGAAAAGGAGCUGGAUGAGCUGAAGGGUUCCAUGAGGACGUACUUCACUGAGGGGCAGGGGAAGGACAGCGGGGUCACGUCUCUGUACUUUGUCCGGGAGGGUCAAAGAACCUCCCCAAACCUGGAAGACCUGCCGUGCGAGCUGGUGGCCGGUGAGGCCUGCAUCCGUGAGGAGCUGCUCGGCCUCACCUUCCAAAUCUCCCCACACUCCUUCUUCCAGGUGAACACGGGAGCAGCGGAGGUCCUGUACUCUGCCGUGGGCGAGUGGGCCCAGCUGGACCAGGACAGCACGGUUCUGGACGUCUGCUGCGGGACAGGAACGAUCGGCAUCUCUCUGGCAAAGAGGGUGAAGAAGGUGAUAGGUAUCGAGCUUUGUCAGGAGGCAGUGGAGGAUGCAAAGGUUAAUGCCAAACUUAACGGUCUCAGUAAUGUGGAGUUCCAUUGUGGCAAAGCUGAAGACGUGUUCCCAAGCAUCCUGAACUCUGUGGUGUCACCAAACGUCACGGCCAUCGUGGAUCCACCUCGGGCAGGCCUGCACUCCAAGGUGAUCCUGGCCAUCAGGAGGGCGGAGCACCUGAAGAGGCUGGUGUAUGUUGCAUGUAAUGGGAAGGCUGCCAUGAACAACUUCAUAGAUCUGUGCAGGGCUCCGUCCAACCGAGUUCACGGCGCACCGUUCCGUCCGGUGCGAGCCAUGGCGGUGGAUCUCUUCCCUCAGACGAUGCAUGUGGAGAUGCUGCUGCUGCUGGAGAGGAUCGACUAUGACGCACAACAGAAGACUAGUGACAAUCCAGAGGAGAAAGCCUGCUAGUUUCUUAGGUCAAAAUCUAAUCUCAACAUAAAACAGGUUCAGUUGAAAACAUUUGUCAUGUAAUCUUUUUUUUUUUUAAAGAAUCAAAUUAAACAAAAUUUCAGUUUGUACUUCUGAGUACUUAAAUCAUUCCAGUGUAACACAUCCUCUAGUCAAGACAUUUUAUUUUGCAUAACAAAUAUCACAGAAGUCAGUUUGCAAUAUUUACUUCAAUUCCAGCGAAGAAACAUAAAUGCAGUAUUUCAACUUGAGCACGCACAAAGCAGAACAGACACACUAAAUAAAGCACAUUCUCGUCACUACGCAGAUCAUGUCGUGUAGAAAACAACUUGAACACACUGCUGUUUUUUUUCCUAGCGUACAGUUGCAGCACAAACGUCGAUAGAAGCUUUGGUUUCCAUGUUUUCACCUUGUCGAAGGAAAGAAUCUGACUC